UCUAGCAAGCUAUCUCGCUUCGGCCCUCCAUGACCGUUUUAUCCGGCUGUAGCCUAAACCAUAUCAGAUUGUAUUCGUCACAUGAUUACGGGCCCUUCCCGACAACGCCGACAGAAAGAAAGUAGCGGAAUAAUAAAAAAAGUGACACGUAAUAAUGAAAGUAAUAAUGCGUCCACAAUGAGUAACGACAACGUGUCUACUAUACACACGGGGUACCAGUGCAAAUCGGAUACACACGGGGUACCAGUGCAAAAUCCACACUUGCUGUACUGCAGUGUUUUAAGUGUUUUUCAGUGACAACAUGUGGACACCAAGGUGUUCUGAGAAGCAGCAGAAACCCCCUUUCCUCUGCCCUCCCUGGGCCUGCUGGUCCCUCCUCUCCGGAUGAUGUCAGCGGUCAUGUGGCAGGUGGUGCGCCAGGGCAACACAAAGCAUUAUGGGAAGCUGGAGGAGUUUGUGUCCAUGGUAACGGAGGUGGUUCCAGAACUCCUGUCCAACAGACAGAGGUGGCUGCUGACCCUGGCUCUCAGAGGACGGGUGACUCUGGAACUGUUCCGAUCUGGACAUCCUGAUGACCUCAAGGCUGUUGAAAGCCACUUGGAUAGAAUCACAGCAUCUGGUCUCAAACAGUCAAACGAUGCAGCGAUUGAAUUUGCUGAAGCCAACUUCCUGAACCUGAUCCAGAGCCUAGUGGAAGACCCAGAUAGGAGGAAACACUUCUUCAAGGUUGUGUUCCCGGUGGAGUACGGUCCUAGCUUUGACUCAUCGCUGCAGACUCUGGUGUGCCACUUCCUGUCUAGACUGGAGGAGCUGCUGCCGGUCCCAGACUUCAAACAGACUGCGUCGUUGAUCAGUGCUGCCCCCUCUGUUCUGGAGGAGUACAUGCGCUGUGUCUCUCACGGAGAGGACCUGAAGUCUCUGCUACAGAACCAACACUGCCACGGGAAGCUGCCCAAGAGCGCUCCCUCGCGGACAGAGGACCGCCUCCUCAUCUCCUUAUCCUUCCCUCCCUCUCUGAGACUGGCCAAUGACUCGCGCCCCAGCGCCAGCAAAUCAGAAGCUUUCCCUGACUGUGACAGCCCGCCCCUGCAGGUCAGAGACUACCAGGAGAUUAUGACUGACAGUUUGAGUGGCCAAUGGGCUGAGACAGAAGCAAGUAUGGAUAACAAGAUUGGAACAGAUUCAGUAGAAAACCAAGGAUCUGAAAGAAAGGCUAACCAGAAGGUCUGUGUGGAGAGACAAAGUGUACGAUCGAAGUCUGAGGAAGAAAGAAAAGCAUCAGUCUCUGAGCACCAAUACUCCCUGAUCUCCAACACUGCUCCCCAGACUGCUGAACAAGACACGGCCCCAUCAGCCAGCCAACAAGCUGCUGCAUCGUCCUCCACAACAUCCAGCCCUGCCGCCUCCAGCGUAUCGUCGGAGCAGCCUCGGCGCCGCGUUGCCCAUAAGUGCCCCCAGUGUGGCCGUUGUUUCAUCUACCUCUACGAGAUGCUCGAGCACCAGAGACUCCAUACAGGGGAGAACCCUUACAAGUGUUCCCAGUGUGGCAAGACCUUCAGAAGGUCCUCGGAGAUGUCCACCCACCGCCGGACACAGUGCUCCAACGCGGCCUACGUCUGUAUCAAAUGUGGGAGCAGUUUUGGGUCGAUCAGGGAGCGGGUCAGCCACCGCUGUAGUGGUAGCAGGCGGGCCAGCAGUUUGGGUCAGGCAGGUCAGUUUGAGUGUCCACAGUGUGGGAAGAUCUUCAAGUGGCACAACUCGUUAAAGAAACACCUGGUAACCCACACCAGUGACAAGGUCUUCAAUUGCAGGUGCUGUGGUGAGGGGCCGUUCCCAGGCGUGGCCGAGCUCAGGGCCCACCAGAAGGCCCAUGAUGGAGAAGAGAAGCCCUACAAGUGUAAACAGUGUGGAAAGGGCUUCAGCUCCCAGGUCUGGCUAAAUAACCACGAGCAGCGUCACUCCCAAGAGAGGUCCAAGAUCUGCCCCAGCUGUGGAAAGGCCUUCAGAUGCAAAGGAGACCUGAAGCUCCACAUGCGGACCCACACCGGCGAGAGGCCGUACCAGUGCACCUACUGUGCCAAGCGGUUCUCUGUGAACGGAAACCUGACUAUCCACAUCAGAACACACACGGGGGAGAAACCUUUCCUCUGCUCCGACUGCGGCAAGACUUUCUGCUCUGCGGGAGAGCUGCAGAUCCACAGGAGAACACACACUGGGGAGAGACCGUACAAGUGCACCGUCUGCGAGAAAGGCUUCACCAUGGCUAGCAAGGUGACUCUCCACAUGCGGGUUCAUACGGGGGUACGGCCCUACGUCUGCCACGAGUGUGGAAAGGCGUUCUCUCGCGGUGCGGAGCUGAAGAAACACGUCCUGAACCACACUGGGGUGAGACCGUACCCCUGUCAUCUCUGUUCUAAGACGUACACCUGUCUAAAUCACCUGAAGAGACAUUUGAAGACUCACUCUGCCUCCCCGUCGUUGGAUAUUAGCAGUGGGGCGUCUGUAGUAUAAUGCAUAUUACCCUUUAUUUAACACGAUAUUGUCAAUAUAAAAAGUGUAUAUUUUAUUUUCUAACGGCUGCUUUAUGCUACUUGUAAGGAGCGGUAGUUGAAGUCGACUGAGUACACUACUUUUGACCAGAGCCCUGUGGGAUUGAGUUAAUAUCAGGACUAGAACUCUGCUUUUAGGGGAAGUGGAACGAGGUUCUGAUGGUCAUGUUGUCUUCAGUUGAGGCUUAUCUAAUAUCACCAUUGCUUUAGCUUGCUGCAGCAGAUACUGUUAGUUGACAACUUGGCGUGUGAAUUUUCAACAAUCAACGUCGGAACUAUAAUUUGUGUACGCACCGAGGUGGUUGUUAUGAAGGUGUGUGUGUGUGUGAUCAUGUUUUCUAAAUCCUUGUCAAAACAUUUUCUGCACAUAAACUCGAAUACCAUUA